AUGCAGCGUUCCUCACCGCCUCCUCCUGUACCCUGGGUGUCUACAACAACUUUUCAUAGUUUACCAACUCCAGCGCCCUCACCACAAUUACUUCCUCACUUGCCUGACGGAUAUCCUAUUACCAAUCGACCAGACGACUUUAACAGAACAGUAAGAAUGGGUUUUCAGAAUAUGGACAAUUUACAAAGACAGCGUCUGCUGGCCGAACUUUUAGAUUUAUGUAAUAAUGAACAGCUUGUAUUUGUAUCUAAUUAUAUUUCACCUCGACUGAAAAGAGAUUUCCUAAAAGAACUUCCUAUUGAGAUAAGCCUUCAUAUACUAUCAUUUAUAAAUGAUCCUAAGACGUUAUCAAGAGCAUCCUGUGUAUCUAAAUUUUGGCAUACUUUGCUCAACGAUGAAUUUACAUGGAAGAAUCUAUGUGUACGUCAUCAUUAUAGGAGACGUAGCUCAGUGUCCUUAUCAUCACCUCCUUCACCUACUUCAUCCGAAUCUUCAGAUUUAUCGUCAAACAAACGAUCCAGUCACUUUUCGUACAAAGAUCAUUUCCGGCGCCGUUAUAUUGUAGAGUCGAAUUGGAAGAACGGAGGAAGAACUCUAGUUACUCAUAUUAGUACCGAUGUUGGAGUAGUCACUUCGUUGCAAAUGUGUCGAAAUUAUAUUGUUGUCGGAAUGGAUAACAAGAAGAUUCAUGUAUUCGUUGCGUCUGACGGGAAACAUGUAAAAACACUUACAGGUCAUGAAGGCGGCGUAUGGGCUUUGCAAUAUAUCGAUGAAGUAUUGGUAUCUGGCGGAUGCGACAGAGAUGUGCGUGUCUGGGAUCUAAAUACAGGACAAUGCAAACACGUUUUACAUGGACAUACGUCAACUGUAAGAUCAUUAAAAAUGAAAGACAAAAGAAUAGCCGUCAGCGGGUCACGCGAUACGUUAUUGCGAGUAUGGGAUAUACAAGAAGGCGUACUAUUGCAUUUACUCGCUGGACACGAAGCUAGCGUUAGAUGUAUGGAGAUACAUGGGGACUUGGUAGUAUCAGGAAGCUACGAUUGCACAGCCCGCGUAUGGGAUCUGACGACAGGUCAAUGCCUCCAUGUUCUCCAUGGACAUUAUUCUCAAAUAUACUCAAUAGCGUUUGACGGCGAGAGGAUUAUAACUGGUUCACUUGACUCAACAGCUAGAGUAUGGUCACCAACGUCAGGCCAAUGCCUAGGUAUACUACAAGGACAUACAUCGCUUGUCGGCCAAAUACAACUCAAGGAUACUACUCUUGUAACUGGAGGCAGUGAUGGUGCAAUUCGGAUCUGGGAUCUGGAAACAUAUCAGUGUAUUCACAGAAUGGCUGCUCACGAUAAUUCGGUUACUUGUUUACAAUUCGAUAACAAAAGGAUCGUAUCUGGUGGUAAUGACGGUCACGUCAAGUUAUGGGAUAUACGGACGGGCACCUUCAUCCGUGAACUAACUUCAGCUGGCAAUGCAGUGUGGAGACUCGCUUUCAAUGAUACAAAGGCAGUUAUUUUAUUGCAACGGGAAGGCAAAACUAUAAUGGAAGUGUUGGACUUUGAGGCUGAUUCUUGA